AAUCAGAACAAUAGCCUCCACCGUCCACCCUCACGCAACUGCCUCUUCGCGGCGGCGCAAAACACCAACACGUCUUCUCUCCGGUUGCGAGGAGGGUAUAGGAUUUCGCCGCGGCGAGAUGUCGGCGUACGACGAGGUGGAGAUCGAGGACAUGGAGUGGAACGCGGAGCUGAAGGCGUACACGUACCCGUGCCCCUGCGGCGACCUCUUCCAGAUCACGCUCGACGACCUCCGCAUCGGGGAGGAGAUUGCGCGCUGCCCGUCGUGUUCUCUCUUCCUCACCGUCGUUUACAACGCCGAGGACUUUGCUGACGCCAAGGAGCCGACCCACAAGCCGUCCCCGAGCCCAGUCGCCGUCGCCUGAUGUGGCCCGUGCCCGGCGAGAUGGACGCAUGGAAAUGGAUCUCAGAGCAGGAUAACGAAUGAGUUUUUGUUUGGCACACACCACUACGGGAGCAUUUGUACUACUCUUAGAUGAGUCAACCCACUGCAUAUUUUCAGAGCUCAGGUUGUUGAACUAUCUUUUUUUUGUGCUUGACAUUGUAAGGUGACAUGGACAGAACAUGCUAUGAAAAAAAUUGUUUAGUCACUA